UUCUAAGAGAGCUUCAGUUGCUAGAAGCGGAUCACCAUUUCCCCUCGAGACAUGGGCUUACCCUGAAAGAAAUGAUUGCUUUCUGCAAAAAAUGUUGCGCUGCUAUUACCAUCCAGAAAUGGUGGCGUGGUACUCUAGUCCGCCGUAGCCUGCAACACGCCAUCAUCUGUGCAUGGUUGGUCCAGAAAUGGUGGCGCAUGAUUUCCUUCCGGAGACGAGAAGAGAAAAGGCUAAUGGCAUUAUCGACAUACAUUUGGUCUGAGAAGGCUUCCGUCCUCUUGCAAUCGAUGUUUAAGAUGUGGCUUAUGAGAACACGGUACAAGAAGUAUCAAAGGGCAGCCCAGAUCAUCCAAAGUAGCUGGCGGCACCACAGUUUCCAGAAAGCCUCCGGUGCCUAUUCUUUUAACAACCUGAAUCAGGAUGGCAUAGAUUUGAACAUUGAGAUUGUUGUUGAGUAAAGAGUCUCUGUGGAGAAGGUAAAAGAGACUGCUCUCAAACUCAGACCCCAGGGAGUGAAAUAAAUGCAUGCUUUGUCAUACA